AUGGAGCUCGCCCCCUUCUCCCCACUCCUUCCUCCAACCACGGCCACCCCCUCCUUAAAGGAACCUGAACCUCCUCUCCCCCCUCCCAAACCCAGGCUCUGCGGCCGCUACCGCCAUCGGCACGGUCUCACCUUGACCUUCACGCCCACCGUGACCGCACCGCUAGUCAUGCUGCCCCCGCCACCCCGGCAGAUGCGCCAGAACUACCACCCCGACUGCGAGGCCGCUGUCAACAGCCACACCACCCUGGAGCUCCACAUCUCCUACGUGUACCUGGCCGUGGCCUUUUACCUCGAGCAUGACGGCGUGGCCUUGAAGCAGUUCAUCAGCUUCUUCCAGCUUCGCUCCCGCAAGCACGGCGAGCAAGCCGAGGGCCUGAUGCGCCUGCAGAACCAGUGCGGGGGCCGCCUCUGCUUCUGUGACAUCAGGAAGCCAGACACCAACGACUGGGAGAGCGGCCUCAAGGCCAUGCAGUGCACCUUGCUCCUGGAGAAGCGCAUCAACCAGAGCCUGUUCGACCUGCACCAGCUGGCCACCAACAAGAGUGACCCCCAACUGUGUCACUUCCUGCAGACUCACUACCUCAACCGGCAGGUGGAAUUCAUCAAAGAGCUGGGGGAUCAUGUCACCAGCCCGAGAAAGAUGGGGACCCCGGAUGUCGACAUGGCAGAGUACCUCUUUGACAAGCUCACCCUGGGCGAUGGCAACAAGAAGAACUGA